CACUAGAGCAGAGCAAGUUUCCGCAAAUGCUGAAUGGAACUCCUGCUUCAAGCACAGUCAGUGGUGGGAUGGAUCCCUUUCAUGCCUGUAGCAUUCUCCAGCAGCUCAAAACAAUGUAUGAUGAAGGCCAGCUGACAGAUAUCGUGGUGGAAGUGGAUCAUGGGAAAACUUUUUCUUGUCAUCGGAACGUUCUUGCUGCAAUUAGCCCUUACUUCAGAUCAAUGUUCACAAGUGGCCUUACUGAGAGUACCCAGAAAGAAGUCCGGAUUGUUGGGGUUGAAGAAGAGUCCAUGCAUUUAGUACUGAAUUAUGCCUAUACCUCCAGAGUAACACUGACAGAGGCCAAUGUCCAAGCUUUGUUCACUGCAGCUAGUAUCUUCCAGAUUCCGUCUAUCCAGGACCAGUGUGCUAAAUACAUGAUCAGCCAUUUGGACCCCCAGAACUCGAUCGGAGUGUUUAUCUUUGCUGAUCACUAUGGGCAUCAGGAAUUGAAAGUCACAUCACAAGACUACAUUCGUAAGAAGUUCCUGAGUGUCACCAAAGAACAAGAAUUUCUCCAGCUGAGAAAAGACCAACUCGUAAGCAUACUGGACAGCAAUGAUUUAAACGUUGACAAGGAGGAGCAUGUCUACGAAAGCAUUAUACGGUGGUUUGAACAUGAGCCCAACAAAAGAGAAGCCCACUUGCCAGAGAUUUUUGCCAAAUGCAUCCGCAUGCCCCUCUUGGAUGCAGAAUUUGUAGAGAAAAUCCCUCCCAUGUUUGCACAGGCUAUAGCCCAAAACUGUGUACAGAAAGGACAAAGUAGUGCCAAUGGCUAUACCCAGCGGCUCGGAAUGACUGCUUCGGAAAUGAUCAUCUGCUUUGAUGCUGCUCACAAACACUCAGGAAAGAAGCAAACAGUGCCUUGUUUAGAUUCCAUCACAGGGAGAGUGUUCAAACUAUGCAAACCGCCCAACGAUUUGCGGGAGGUAGGGAUACUCGUUUCUCCUGACAAUGACAUCUACAUUGCCGGGGGUUACCGACCAAGCAGCAGUGAGGUCUCCAUAGACCACCGAGCAGAAAGUGACUUUUGGAUGUACGAUCAUUCGGGCAAUCGAUGGAUCCCUAAAGCCCCACUGCUGCGUGCCAGGAUAGGCUGCAAAUUGGUUCACUGCUGUGGUAAACUCUACGCAAUAGGUGGUCGCGUUUAUGAAGGAGACGGGCGUAACUCGCUGAAAUCUGUGGAGUGCUACGACAGCCGAGAGAACUGCUGGACAGCUGUCUCUGCAAUGCCUGUAGCAAUGGAGUUUCAUAACGCAGUGGAAUAUAAAGACCAUAUCUAUGUUUUACAGGGAGAAUUUUUCCUCUGCUACGAUCCCCGAAAGGAUUACUGGGGUUUCUUAACUCCCAUGGCUGUGCCUAGGAUCCAGGGUUUGGCAGCUGUCUACAACAACUCCAUCUACUACAUUGCUGGAACCUGUGGAAACCAUCAGCGUAUGUUUACCGUAGAGGCCUAUGACAUUGAAUUGAACAAGUGGACUCGAAAGAAAGACUUCCCGUGUGACCAGUCCAUCAACCCCUACAUUAAACUUGUCAUCCUCAAAAACAAACUUCACUUGUUUGUGCGAGCUACUCAAGUCACUGUCGAAGAGCAUGUCUUCAGAACCAGCAGGAAGAAUUCUCUCUAUCAGUAUGAUGAAGUUAAUGACGAGUGGCAGAAGGUCUAUGAGACUCCCGAUAAACUCUGGGAUCUUGGACGUCAUUUUGAAUGUGCUGUUGCUAAAUUGUAUCCGCAGUGUCUUCAGAAAGUUAUUUGA